AUGGACAAAAUUGUCCCUGAGCCCGCUGACUCGCUAGAAACCAUUUCUAGUGGUAGAAGCGAGAACUUAAGUGGAAGUUGCGCUGAUGAACGCAGAUCCAAAUUUAAAAGACAGUCCAUUUGGGAUCAGCGCCAUGCUAUCAAACUUUUUAAAUCAGAAGGUUUUACAGUUGAUCAACUUAAGGAGAUUUGGAGUCAAGUUGUCAAAAAAAAAUGUGACCUAAAUUCAGUGAAAACUAACGAUGAUAUCAAGAAAUUUUUGCGAGAAAAAUUUGCACUUAACACCAUGAGACUGGUUUCUCAGGUUGUCUCUGAUGAUGGUAACACUAAGAGGCUGAUGUUGGAGUUGCAGGAUGGACAUACAAUUGAGGCAGUUAUCAUUAAAAACGGGUUAUAUUCCAAUAGUAAUAAAAAUAUCGCUCUAAACACGACACUUUGCAUCUCAUGUCAAGUCGGGAAUAAUAUGGAUUGUACUUUUUGCGCAAAUGGAAAUGAUGGUUUAUUUGCCAACCUAACCAGUGGUGAAAUUCUGGAGCAGCUGCAAAUCGCUAGUACCAUCGAAAAGAUAUCCAAGGUUGCUUUCAUGGGCAUGGGAGAACCCUUAGAUAAUUAUAAAGAAGUAAUCGCUGCAGUAAAGGCCAUGAUUGAUACCGAACAGUUUGGGUUGGAAGCUAGAAAUAUUACAAUAUCAACGGUGGGAAUUCCUGAAAGGAUACAAACGCUUACUGCGGAUGUGCCUGGCGUUUCGCUUUCUUUGGCAGUACAUUCUGCCAACCAGGAUAUCAGGGAGAAUUUAAUACCUUCUGCCAUGAUGUUUUCCCUCACGGAGAUAUUCCAAUCACUAGACAAUUACCUAAACGGGCACUCUACGCUUAUUAGAAAUGGCGUUGGUGAAAAGGUGAUGAUUGAAUAUGUAUUGAUUGAUGGCAUUAAUGAUUCCCAAAAAGAUGCUACAGAUCUAGUAAAUUUGAUCCUUCCAAGAAAGGAAUAUUGCGUGAUCAACCCAUCCUUGUUUACGCCUCCUACAGCAGUGCCUUCCAAAUUCAAAUCGCCUUCACUAGACUCUCUUAGGGAGUUUGUUGCUGUAUUGCAGUCAAACCAACUUGUAAUUGGGCCUAAAUAUGCGGAUAUAAACGAGCCGCAGGUCAGAAGGCAAUUAGAUACAAUUUCUUAUACAGCAAAUGUUGAUACGGAUAGUGAUGGAGCUGGCAAUGAAUUUGUUGGUAGAGGUUACCCUGAAGAGCAAGUUUCAAUGCGAUCUGUGCAAUAUAAGUUUGAGGGGGAGCCAAACUUAUCUGAACCCUUUAAUGUAGAACCUAUCGAGGCAAAUAAGGUCUCUAGCUUUGUGCAAGUUGUUGCUACCAGAAACUCGGGUAAUGUGCCUGAGCCUGAUGCUCCUUCUACAACAAAUGUUCUAAGCAGGCAGGAGCCUGCACAGAUUUCGGCAGAAAUUCCAAAAACAGUCAUUAAACCACACCUAAAAUCGCCAACUAUGCCACCACAAACAGCAACUGGUGCCAAUGUCAUGGCUAGAACUAAAGCAGUGAUUAACCCGGUAAAAACGGCAAUGCCAUCAAAAUCGACAGCCGCCAUUAACAUCGAUACGGCCCCUCCCGUUACAGACAGAACAACUGCCAGGACUAUGAAAUCUGCAUUAAUGGAUUCAGUGGCAUCUUUUACUAACAAGGUCAAGACUUUAGCUGCAUGUGAUUGGAAGGAGUGUUUAUUGGAAUGUAAAAGGAACGCAUGUCCUAGGAAAGUUGCAAAGGAGGUUUGUAAGCAAGUAGAUGAGUAUUACGAGGAGUUUAAGAAGAAGUUGCAGUUUUUGAAGUAUGCGAGCGAUUUUUGGGAUGAAAAUGUGGAGUCUAAAUAUCAUUUUUACGAGAAAUAUGGAUUGGGCCCAUCACAAUGCGUCAUGGCUGUAUCGACCAUCAUUAUGGCAAGCACUAUCGGAUUAAUCUUUGUUUAUAGGUCAAAACGCACAUAG